UCAGGAGCAAAUUUACGCCCCUUAUUAUCAUCACGUGAUAAUUUUCGGAAAGCGAUAUAAUUGCAGCACAGGUGCAGGUUUCCGGAUCGCCCGUGCCAAAACAAGAAAUAUCUGUACGAAGUUGAAGCACUGGUCAACAGAAUUCAUACAACUGAGUAUUAACAUCUGACAGCUAGUUGACCCAGCAAUUGACCUUUGACCUGGUAACCAUGGAUAUGCCUGGUGAGGGCUACAAGGAUGGUAAAAUCAGGAUCUCCCGCAAUACUGCCAUUCUGAUUGUCUGUACAUAUGGUAGUUCCCUCCUCCUUGUCGGUCUGCUGUGUGGGCUUCUACCUGCCGAUGAUCCGUCCUGCAAUAUAGUAGUGCCUGAACCUUCAGAGCCACCAAGUGAACCUGCAGUCACAACAAAACCCUUAAUGACAACAAAGGAUUCAGUGACCACUGAAAGUGCAGAACCUACCCACUCCCCAACAAGUGCUCCUAAACCUUGGGAGAGCCUUCGACUGCCAACAAGCUUGAAACCCUCCCAUUAUGAUAUCGAGCUCAGGAUUGACAUUGAUGACCAGCAGAGGUUUGAGGGCACCAUCAGCAUCAUCAUGGAGUGCCGCGAGAGCACUGACCUUCUCCUACUGCACAGUAAGGAGCUGGAAAUCGUGGAUGAUACUGGAUCAAUGACGGCAGUUGCUGACGGCUCCGACGUGCCUCUGAAGGGUGCUCCACGGUUGUACCCGGCCAACCAGUAUCUCAUUGUAGAGCUUGACGAGAUGCUUACUCCAGGACAAAAUUACACUUUCACCAUCAACUUCAAAGCACCACUUGAAGAUGGAUUGGUGGGACUGUACCGGAGUUCCUAUCAGGCGAGUGACGGGACGCCAAGGUACCUGGCAACCACAUUCUUUGCCCCUACUGACGCACGCAAGGCUUUUCCCUGCUUUGACGAACCUGCUAUGAAGGUCACUUUCAAUUUGACCUUGAUCCAUCAAGAUGGCUACCUCGCCCUUGGCAACAUGCCCAUCCUCAGCACAACUCCAGAGAUGACCGGAUGGACACGAUCUGUCUUUGACAAGAGCGUCCCGAUGUCCACAUAUCUGGUCUGUUUUGUGGUUUGUGACUUUGUUGCAAAGAACACCACAACCGGUAAUGAUGUCUUGCUAAGUGUAUGGGCACGGGAAGAUGCCAGCGAUUCAUUGGACUAUGCACUCGAGAAGGGUGCUCAAGUUUUGGACUUUUUUGAUGGCUACUUUGGAACAAAGUUUCCACUUCCAAAGAUGGAUAUGAUAGCUAUACCAGACUUUGCAGCUGGAGCCAUGGAGAACUGGGGUCUUAUCACUUACCGUGAGUCGGCUCUUCUCUAUACCCCUGGGGUAUCGUCAGCGAGUAACAAACAGAGGGUCUGUGCAAUCGUUGCUCAUGAACUUGCCCAUCAGUGGUUUGGUAACUUGGUUACACUAGAGUGGUGGGAUGAUACAUGGCUCAAUGAGGGCUUUGCUUCUUACGUCGAGUAUCUUGGAGCUGACGCAGCUGAACCAGAUUGGGGAAUGACAGAUCAGUUUGUUGCGGCCGAUUUCCAAACCGCUCUUGACGCUGAUGCCCUCAUCACUUCUCGGCCAAUCAUUGUUGACGUGGAAACACCUGACGAUAUCAAUCAACAGUUUGAUACCAUCUCCUAUAACAAGGGUGCCUCCAUUCUGAGGAUGUUACAGAACUUCUUAGGAGAGGAGACAUUCAAGAAAGGACUAGCGAAUUACCUCAAGGAGUUUGAAUAUUCUAACGCAAAGAACACCGAUUUAUGGAGAGUGUUGACUGAGGCUGCAGAAGAAGAUGGAAAAGAAGACAUAAAGGUUGAGGAUAUUAUGAGAACCUGGACAGAACAGAUGAACUAUCCUAGCAUCAAUGUGACUCGUGAUUAUACCACAGGGUUUACAGUUAGUCAGGAUCGGUUUCUUAUCAACCCCGGUGCUAAUGCAACAACAUAUUAUGAUGAUUUAGGAUACAUUUGGUAUGUCCCUUUUAAGUACACCACAAAUGAUACUCGAAACUACACUGAACCAAUGUUGGAGUGGAUUGAACCUAGUAUGGCGUCAGUGUCUGUUGCUUUUGAUGAUGGGACGGCAGCCGAUGACUGGCUUCUUGCUAAUGUGAAUGGCUAUGGGUUCUAUAGGGUGAACUAUGACACAGAGAACUGGGAACUUAUCAGUAAACAACUCACAGCAGAUCAUGAGGUUAUUCCCAUCUCCAGUCGAGCAGCUCUGAUCAGCGAUGCCUUUAGCCUUGCUGUGUCAGGUCAACUCAGUCAGGUCACGGCCUUUAACCUGACAUUUUACCUGGAGGACGAACGAGAGUAUGUUCCAUGGAGUGUUUUAAAUAGGGUCAUGGGGUACGUUGACCUCAUGCUCAGCAGGUCACCAGCAUAUGGAUUGUUUUCGACCUAUAUGAGACAACAAGUAGAACCCUUCUAUGAAUAUGUUGGUUGGAAUGACAGCGCUGGAUCCCAUCUUGAUCAACGAGGCCGUGUGAUAGCGAUUAGUCUUGCUUGUGGAUAUGGAAACGAAGACUGUGUAAACACUGCUAUAAAUUACUAUGCAACAUGGAUGAAUGAUUCAGACAACAAUCCAGUACCUCCAAAUCAGAAAUCUCGCGUGUACUGCACGGCCAUCUCUGCUGGGGGCCAAGAGGAAUGGGACUUUGCUUACAGAGAAUACCUCCGAACCCCCGUUGCCACAGAGAAGAACAUCCUUCUGGCGGGCAUGGGGUGCAGUAAGAAACCCUGGAUUCUCAAAUCGUACCUAGAUAUGAGCAUUGCCCCCAACGGGACGAUCAAGUCUCAGGAUGCGGAGAAUGUGGCAGGAUACGUUGCCUAUAAUCCUGUUGGUUAUGACCUUGCUUGGGACUUCUUCCGGGUCAACUGGGAUUUUUACAGAAAUGAAUAUGGCAGCAGUGUAUUCCAGUUCGCCGAUCUAAUUGAAUCAGUGACGGCACAUUUCAAUACAGAAUUUCAGUUACAAGAGCUCAUGGACUUUAUUGAGACUCACCCAGACCAAGGAACAGGUUCUAGAGCCUUUGCCCAGGCUGUGGACCAGACCAGGGCUAACAUCAGAUGGAUGGAGGACUAUGAAGAAGAAGUCAUGGAGUGGUUGGAGUGGGCUGUUUCUGCCUAACUUUAUGGAUUACAAUAUUGGGUAAUCCCUGCCUAACUAUGGAUCACAACAGUGGGUAUUCUCUGCCUAACUCUAUGGAUCACAAGAGUAUGCUGUAAUGGCUUUUUUUUCGCGUGUUUAUUUUGGUAUUAUUCAGUGUCCUCAUCAAUGAAUGUUUGUACAUAGUAGGGAGAACAGCACCAAAAUUUUUGAAAUUAAACCUUGCUUUUUCCAACAUUAAAAAAAAAAAAAACAUGAAAAGAUGAUAUGUGCUGAUGCAUUCUAUGUGCAGGCUUCCAUAGCCAACUCAAAAGGCCGUCAUAGCCAAAAUCAUCCUGUGUCAUAAUGUAAAUGAAAAGGCUGUCAAAGCUAUCACUGCCGGAAUCUAUUAUAAAGGCUUUCAUGACUUUACAAGAAAUACCUCCAUGUGGCCUAACUCUUAAGGUGUGUAGUACCCAUUCAAACUCCAUAUAAAAUGGAAUUGAAAAUAUAUGUACAGUGUAUGGAAAUGAAGUAUAUAUUUCUCAAAUAUGUA